CAGAUUCAGUAAUGGCUCUCAACCUGAUUCUCCCCUUUGCCCUCUCCAUUGCUGUUAUGCUCUCCUCCGGCCCUGCCGUGGCUGACGCGGAGUCCGCAGCCGUGGAGCUGCAGGAAGCGGUCCUGGCACUGGACGCCGGCAACUUCUCGGAGGUGGUGGCCCAGCACCCGUUCAUUGUCGUUGAGUUCUACGCGCCAUGGUGUGGCCACUGCAAAGAACUUGCUCCAGAGUACGAGAAGGCAGCCUCCGGUCUGAGGAACAACGACCCGCCGGUGGUGCUCGCGAAAGUGGAUGCGUACGAUGAAAGGAACAAAGAGCUGAAGGAUAAGUUUGGGGUGUAUUCGUACCCGACCAUCAAGAUCAUCAAGAAUGAAGGGAGUGACGUGCGUGCCUAUGGUGGUCCGAGGGAUGCUGAUGGCAUCGUGGAGUACCUUAAGAAGCAGGUUGGCCCGGCAUCACUCGAACUCAGAUCAGCAGAGGCGGCGGUCCACUCCAUCACCGACAAGGGGGUGAUCCUGGUGGGAGUUUUCCCUGAAUUUGUUGGUAGGGAAUACAAGAAUUUCAUGGCUGUGGCUGAGAAGAUGCGAGCAGAUUAUGAUUUUUUCCACACGUCUGAUGCAAGUAUUUUGCCACGAGGUGAUCAGAUGGUCAAGGGUCCCAUUGUUCGUCUCUUUAAGCCAUUUGAUGAGCUGUUUGCUGAUUCAGAGGAUUUUGGUGAGGAUGCACUGGAGAAGUUUAUUGAGGUAUCAGGUUUCCCCAUGGUAGUUACCUAUGAUGCUGACCCAACCAACCAUAAGUUUCUUGAAAGAUACUACAGCACUCCUAGUGCCAAAGCAAUGCUUUUCGUGAGCUUCAGUGAUGACAGAAUCGAGUCCUUCAAGAGCCAGAUUCAUGAAGCAGCCAGGCAAUUCAGUGCUAAUAACAUAAGUUUUUUAAUUGGUGAUGUUGCAGAUGCUGAUCGUGUCUUCCAGUAUUUUGGUCUCAGAGAAAGUGAUGUGCCCCUCCUUUUUGUCAUAGCAUCUACUGGAAAAUAUCUCAAUCCAACAACGGACCCUGAUCAGAUCAUACCCUGGCUGAAGCAGUACAUAUAUGGCAAUUUGACACCAUAUGUUAAGUCAGAACCAAUCCCUAAGGUGAAUGACCAUCCCGUCAAGGUUGUCGUGGCUGACAAUAUAGAUGACAUUGUUUUCAACUCCGGGAAAAAUGUAUUGCUUGAGUUCUAUGCACCUUGGUGUGGCCAUUGCCGCAAGUUUGCUCCAAUCCUGGAGGAAAUUGCAAUCUCAUUGCAAGAUGACCAAGAUAUAGUGAUAGCAAAGAUGGAUGGAACUGCAAAUGAUAUACCCACAGACUUUGCUGUUGACGGAUAUCCAACUAUCUACUUCUAUUCAUCAACUGGGAAGCUUUUGUCGUACGAUGGUGCAAGGACGGCUGAAGAUAUCACCAGUUUUAUCAACAAGAACCGAGGACCUAAAGCUGGUGCAGCUGUUGGAGUGGAUGACAAAACCCAAACUGAUGCUGUGGAAGAGGAGGUAACACCAUCGUCAUCAGAGCCUGUUAAAGAUGAACUCUAAUCAAGGACACUGAAGAUCUCUGUUACGCGGACUACAAAGAAUGAAUGCGAUAUCUGUUUACAGAUAAUUUGAGUGUGCAGGGAAGUUGUUCAGGAAGAUGCAAUAGAAAUUCAGUUUGAGUUUGAGUUUGUCUGUCUGUCACCAUAUGCUCGUAUUAUAGGAACAUUAGUCAUUUUGUUAGAAAUUCGUGAACACUAUCCAGUCCGUUGGAAACCUGCUGUUUAAACUUAAAUUGCAUUGAAUAAUCUCGACACGGUUUGCUUUUGUAUCGAUAUGUUCUCAAUGUGGGAUGCUCGUUUCAUUGGGAAACAUUUUUCAGACAUCACCUGACACGUUAA